AUGUUCAAGAUAGUGGUGUUGUCCGCUAUCUUGGCAGCGGCGGUUGCUGACCCCGAACCAUCACUUCUCGCAGCUCCUGCCUACAUUCCUGGUAUUAUUUCUUCUGCAGCAAGAAUUUUGCCACCCUCAAGCUACGUGUACCAGUCACCACUAAUUUCAGCACCUCUAUCGUACUCCGCUUCCUUGGGCUAUGCUCAUCUCAUCAAGAAGCGGUCAGCGCCACUGGUACUAAGCCUCAACUCCUUCCCCUCUUCAUACAUCGCACCUGGUAGCUACGCGUACUCAUCUCCGAUCGUGAGUUCCUACUCCGCUGCUGCUCCUUUGGUACCAGCUAUCGGAUCUGGUCUUGUAUAUUCUUCAGGAGCUCAUUUCAUUAAGAAGCGGUCAGCACCCUUGUACUCAUCGGCCUACAUAGCUCCGUCAAGCUACAUCUCUCCUCUUAACUACGCCACACCUUUUGUAGCUUCAACUUACUCUGCCCCUGUCUUUUCAAACCCCUUGACCUCAUCAGCACCCUUCUCCUACCCAACUCAUCUGAUCAAAAAGCGUUCAUCAAAAGUUAAAAGUCAAAAAUCAAAAACCAAAAAGAUCCUGGAUCUUAUUCUCAAGAAUCCCGGUUUGAUUAUAAGGCAGCUUGACCAGACACCACAACCCAUAUCUUAUGCUACUCCUCUAAGCUACUCUCAUCCCAUUUAUGGUUAA